AUGAAAAACCGCAUUCGACAACAAGUGCCAUUGUCACUGGUUCAUUACAUUAUACCUGAAAAUCUCACGGAUGUAGUUAAAAACUUCAUCAAAGCCGUCCUUAAAGAAAAUCCCGAAAAUCUACUUGUCUUUGCAAGAAAAUAUUUUCAAAAACUUCGUCUUAGCAAAGCUAAGAUUGACUAUACGAAGUAUGCCGCCUAUGAAAAAUACACUAAAGAAAAUGCAAAAUGGUCUCAAGAAUCUAAGGUGAUAUGCACAUGUGGACGUGUUUUAGAAGGAAAAACAGGUCAACAAUCUGUCAAAACCUUGGAGAUCGAUAAAUAUAAUUACAAUUUGAGGGCAGUAUGCAUUAUACAAAAACAUUACCGCAACUAUUUAAAACGAAAGGCGGAAAGAUCUGCCAAGGUCAAUUUACUAACGACAGAUAUAUAUAAAAAUACAGAUUACUUAAAUGCAAUUUCUCUGAUUCAAAGACAGUUUCGACGUUACUUAUCGAAAAAACGAGCUAAAAAUACUGUGAAGCUUACGAACACAUCAGUAGAAAAGUACAAUUCUGUUCAAUAUAUAAGUGCCAUAUAUAUUAUACAGCGACAAUGUCGACUAUAUUUGACCAAGAAGAGGUUGAAACGACCCCCAAUUAAAAGUGGGUCUUUACCUUUGGAUACCAGCGUUUCAAUUACGACAGCGGCAUUAAUUAUUCAGAGAGCAUUUCGACGAAUGGUUAAGGUGGUCAAAGACAGAAGACACACAAAUGCUGAACUUGAGCAAAGCGAUGACAUAAAUGACAAUGCCUCCGAGGCUGGCUCCUAUACGUCCGCCUCCACGGCUCUACUUUCGACGGAGUCGGCAGGUGAGCACAAUGAGUUGGGAGGCAUCAAUUACGAGGAAGGAGUCCACCAACAGACCAUAAAUGAAGAUGAGGAAGUCGAGAACGACUAUAAAAACCAACAGAAGCAGCACGUAACUGAAGCUAUAAAAUCUAGUGAAAAAUCGAUAAUCUCUAAUGGAAAUGGUAAUUACUAA